GUCACAAAUAAGACCUGGCGGCUUGUGCGAAACGGACAGGAGCCCUCAGUCUCUAUUGGAGACUGCCAACAGAGAAUAACGAAUAGCUUGGCAUGACUUGGUGGCUUCAAUAGAUCGCUGAAGGCAAAUCUUUUUUGUUUUAGAGAACUAACGGACACACGAGGGACAUGGAUCUAAAGGGAUGCGUGCCAAUUGCUUGUUAUGGACCAAAGGACAAGAGUCGCAGUUGAUCAUUGAUAGGAUACUAAACCGUCAGCCAUCGAGAGGAUAUGGACCUAGCUAGAAUCAGUGACAUCCCAAAAUGCCAGCAGGUGUUCUGCGCUGUCAAGUCACGCCAAUGACGUUGUCUCCGUGGCAUAGGCGGGCACUGCUCGUCUUGCUGUCGGUGUGCACAUCCGCAUCGCUGUUGGUCCACGGAUGCGGCCCUGGACCCGGGUAUGGUCCCCGUCCCAGACCGCGCAAACUAAUUCCUCUGAGGUACAAGCAGUUUGUACCACCAAUCUCUGAGAAUAACCUCGGUGCAAGCGGGCGGCCAGAGGGCAAGAUUACGCGCGCCUCGGAACGCUUUAACGAGUUGGUGUGCAACUACAACAUUCACAUCGACUUCAAAGACGAAGAGCACACUCAAGCUGACCGCUUCAUGACAAAGCGCUGCAAAGACUGUCUGGACAGACUAGCCCUAGCUGUGAUGUUGCAGUGGCCAAAGACCAGGCUGCGGGUUACCGAGGCCUGGGACGAGGAUGGAAACCAUCCAUUUGAUUCUCUGCACUAUGAGGGCCGCGCCGUGGACAUCACCACUUCAGACCGCAACACCUCCAAGUACGGCCUACUGGCCCAGUUAGCUGUGGAGGCUGGCUUUGACUGGGUCCAUUAUGAAUCCAAGCAUCAUGUGCACUGCUCUGUCAAAGCUGAUCACUCUGUGGCUCUUGAGAGAGGUGGCUGUUUCCCAGGGUCAGCAACGGUAACUGUAGAAGGAGGAGAACAGAUGCCUAUGUUUUUACUGAAGCCUGGAGACAAAGUCCUUUCCCAGACCGAGUUGGGUCAAACUGUUUUCAGUCGCAUACUGCUCUUUCUACACAAGGACUGUGAGAGCAGGUCUUUGUUCUUAGUGCUGGGCACGGAGGAUGGUCAAAGACUUACGCUAACACCUAAUCACCUGCUCUUUCAUUCCUCUUAUUAUGAAGCAGAUCACAGCAAGUACCAAGCUUGCUUUGCCAGCAGAGUGCAGAAGGGAGACUAUCUCCUCAUUCAUGGAUCAGGAGGUAGAGUUAGACCAUCCAAGGUAACCUCACUCACAGUGGAAGAGCGGACUGGAAUCUAUGCUCCCCUGACAGAAGAAGGCACUCUUUUUGUGGAUGGAGUCCUAGCCUCUAGCUAUGCCUCUAUGGAGGAUCACAGACUUGCCCACUGGGCCUUCGGGCUCAUGCGCUUCCUGCUCUCUCUUCCACAGUGGACCCAGGAUGUGGAACAAGAGAGCAAGCAAGUCAGAGUGGCAGUGGCCACACACACUGGGCCACAUAUUUACGAUGAUGCACAGAAAAUAGGCCACACAAGGGGGAAUGGGACACUCAAAGUCAAAGGUGUAGGUUGGUAUCAGAAUAACCACUGCCAACAAAACACACUUUCACUGAAAAACAGUUAUGGGGAAACCUGUGAGAAUUACAGACCUAAACAGGGUAAAGUUCAUUGGUAUGCUAGACUAUUGCACACCCUUGGGCAAAUAUUACUGGACCCUCAGAUAUUCUACUAAUAAAACACUUACCUUCUAUCAAUCUGAUGCAUUAACAUUUAUCAAGAAUCUAACACUGCUAAACCCCAAACUGACAAAGGACAUUGACAUUAAUGUAUAUACAAUGAUUAUUUCAUAACAUAAUUCUUACUCAAGUAAUAUCAGAUGUCAGGUGAAAAGUUAUCUUCCAACAAGAGGCAGAUACUGGUUGCCUACGCCGAUAUGUAGCCGAUGUUCCAAAAUAAUGAUCUAAUGAAAACAAUAUUUUUGAAUGUUCAUGAUAUGAGAAAAUGUUUUAUACAACCAUCAAAAUCUUUAUUUUUGUACUGUUGGAUUUGUAAUAUAUACCUAUACAUGUAUCUGCUUAAUUAUUCACACCAUGACCAUGUUAUUUGUCAAUAUAUUUGUCAGCAAAAAGUACAGUCAAAGCUAUUUAAUUUUGUAAAAAAAAAAUCAUAAUAUGAAAAGAUUGUUUAAAAAGAAUUAAAAACAAAUAUGAUGUGCUUAA